AUGAACAAAACACCCGGCUACACAACAUACCAAUUUCCUCAUAACCGUCAUGUAAAGGCUAGCAUUCUGAUUAAAGAAGGUCUUGGCAGCUGCCUCGGGAUUUCAAAAUAUUCAACGCCAAAUUUAUGUAUAGUACAGCUCAUCACUUCUGGGAAAAGAAUAUUUCUAACUAGCAUUUACGUAGAGCCCAAAGACGAUGAAAAUGAAACAUUGAACCACUUGGAACAAUUUAUAAUUGAAACAGGAGACGCCAUUCAUAUUAUCGCGGGAGACCUAAAUGGCUGGCACCAACUUUGGGGAUCUCCCACAGCGAAUAAAAGAGGUAAAGAAAUAGUUGAUAUUAUUAUUCCUCACAAUCUUACCAUCAAUAAUACUGGCACAGAUCAUACAUAUGAAACUACAGCGGAUGGAAUUCUACGUGGUUCCAUCGUUGAUCUCACCAUAACUUCAUCCUCAAUCUCGAAUCAUAUUAUUAAUUGGCAAAUAGAUAAUUCUAUAUGUCCCUCCUCUGAUCACCAUGGUAUCAAAUUUGAAUAUUUCCUUAAUAAAAAUCAUAUCCGUCAGAAUAAGAAAAAAUCGACUUACCAAUAUAAUACUAAUAAUUUUAAGCAAUGGGAAAAACUAAGCGAAGCCUUUUCCAGAGAAAUUGAACUGACCCAACUUAACAAAAUUGACAUCCUAUCCUUAGAUCCAAAUAACUUACUACACUUUAUUGAUGAAAUAACCGCGUUUAUUCACAAAAUUUGUAAAAAGUAUCUUCCCCACUCUUCUAUUCGUCCUGAGCGCCCUUCUUGGUGGACCGAAGACUUAGAAAAAUUAAAAAGAAAAGUUCUUGACAACCAUCACCUGCUUCAAAAACUUAGUCGAAAACGUCUUCCAAUGAACGAAGCAAUUACAAACAAGACCCAACUCCGAAAGGAAUACGCCGAAGCAAUCAGAAAGGCCUCAACUGAAAACUUCCGUGAAUUCUGCAACAAACAAGCACUGGCAAGGCUGACUCCUAUACACAUUAAAAUUAAUGAACUGGCAAUCAUCGAAACAACGAAACUAACAGGCACAAGCAAAUAUCUUCCAACAGACAUUAGUUUAGACACACCAUCGAAACCAGAAGAACGAUUACAUCCAUCUCGUCGCAAAAUUAUCCAUUACCAAGAAGCCAAUAACGCUCAAGAAGUCAAUCAGAUUCUCCUCGAAAACACUCAUCACAUCUACACAGAUGGUAGUAGACACGACGAAAAGGUUGGGGGAGCUUUUGUUGUAUAUUGCCCCAAUGGUAAAAUUAUAACUAGAAAACUAAAACUCCAUAGUUCUUGCUCGGUGUUUCAAGCUGAGUUGAAAGCCAUAGAACAAGCUUGUGUGUGGCUUGCAGAUAAACACAUUCCGAAUGCAGCUAUUCUGACUGACAGCAAAUCUGGACUACAAGAAAUCGGUAACCCCAAUAGUACAAACCAAAUAGUUACCAACAUCCACAGAAUGCUAGACAACCACAGCUUAUCAGUUAAUUUCAUUUGGGUCAAAGCCCACACAGGUAUAGCUGGUAACGAAGCUGCUGACCUGGCAGCCAAAGCUGCAGCCACAAGCCAUAACGUCCCUAUUCUCAUAAAAUUUCCAAUUAGCUUCGUAAGAAAACUUGCUCAACAAGAUAGUAAAGUAGCUUCCGAACAAUUUUACCAAGAUAACGUGAAAGGUGAAAUAACCAGAAAAUGGCUCCCUACACUUACACACAUACAAGAAUUAUACCAAGUCACCAAGCACUCAUUCACACUAACACAAAUUCUUACAGGUCACGGCUACCACAAAGAGUACCUUCAUAGAAUUAAAAUAGUGGAAAAUAACACAUGCCCUUGCGACGACACUGCAGUACAGUCAAUUUUCCAUUUACUUAAUGAUUGUCCAAAAUUCCAAGCUACACGUCUAACCCAUACGAUAACUUGCGCCAAUUUUAAAGUACAACCCUUCUCCAUUGAAGAAAUUAUUAAAAAGGAAAGCACAUUUGAAACGUUUCUACACCAUAUUAAUAGUAUAAUAAAAAGUCUCAAGAAAUUUAACGGAACAGAAUAA